GUUUCCUGAGCGUGCUGAUGAACUGUCAGUGGCAGAGUUUACGGUGUCGGGUGGAGGCGGAUCUACUAAUCAUGUUUGGAGAGGAGGAGGAGGAAGAGGAGGAGAGGGAGGAGGUGAAGAGGUCGCCUCAGUACACCGUCCAGCUCAGAGGCUGUGAGGUCAGAGCGGGCCCCGACACCGACCACUCCUACAGGAUCACACUGAGCAUGCUCUGUGACCAGGUGGCCGUGCUGGAGGUGAGUAGUUCAGGUGAAAAGGAGCGCUGGUUAAAGCUGCUGCAGGAUGGAGCUUCCAAAAAUCAGGAGAACACAGAUAAAGCUCUGAGUGGGCUGCAGACUCAAAGGUUUCCCAACUCCAACACAUACAUGGACGACCCCUUCCAUCUGAGUGGAACAUAUCAAGACCAGCCCAUCUACUCCAACACCUCCUUACUGGAUCACAUGCUUCACAGCUCUCAGGAUUCAGUUCGCCCCUGCUCGGUGUCGUCUAAAGACUCUGUGACCUACAGCAACACCACAUUCAGCAGCCACAGCCCUAUUGGGCUUUUUAGGGCCUUCAUUUGCCUGUAG